CCCCCCGAAUGCGCUUGCGCAGAAGAGUACGGAAGUACAGCAGCUUGGACACAUAAACAAACGUUGCUGCCCGCCGCGAUGUUUAAACACGUUUUCCUGACAGGACCUCCAGGCGUGGGGAAGACCACCCUGGUCCGGAAGGCCAGCGAGGCCUUGGCAUCGUCCGGUGCCGCCGUAGGGGGCUUCUACACCGAGGAGGUCCGGGAGGGGGGCCGCCGGGUGGGGUUCGACGUCGUCGUGACCACGACAGGAGAGCGAGGCUGCCUGUCCAGAAUCAAAGACCCUGCCGCCUCUGCGUCUCAGGGAGGCCGGGAGUAUAAGGUCGGCCAGUAUGUGGUUGAUUUAACAUCAUUUGAAAACCUGUCUCUUCCACUCUUCAGAAGUAUGGGCUUGCCGACCCAGGGGGACGGCAGGAAGGUGUUUGUGAUUGACGAGAUUGGGAAAAUGGAGCUCUUCAGCCAGCCAUUCAUCCGGGAGGUGAGACAGACCCUGGAUAGUCCUCGCUGUGCUAUUCUGGGCACCAUUCCCAUCUCCAGGGGCCCGCCGCCGGCUCUGGUUGAAGAGGUACGAGGCCGGAGUGACGUCAGGGUCUUCACGGUGUCUAAAGACAACAGAGAUGUCAUUCUCCCGGACAUUGUGUCAGCAGUACAAGAGUGUCUAACGCACUCCUCAUGAAGAUGCAGCCCAGAAUGAUUGUUUUUACCCGGGGAAUCGCAUGGAAAUUCUGUCGAAAGAAACUCAUGAUCUUACAGUUGCGACAGCUGAAGGUUUGUGUGCAGUGUGUCAAAAGCAAUGAGUUUAUAUAUGAAAAUAACUAAAGCUGUCACGACUGCUGAGUAUAGCAGUUGUCAACUAUAUGCUUAUACUAUAUGCUUUGACAAUAUAUGUCAUAUUUUCAUAUCGGUUAUGAUGUUGUAUAAUAUUUGGCUCUCCUUUUUACAAGAACUGAAACGCCUAAAUGUUAAUUUUCUUUUUGUUUCUAUGGAGUGAAUCUUGGUUCUCUCUUGCCAAUCGAAAGAUGUGCUCAUGCAGAGAGAACAAUUCAUAUUUAAGGGUAUAACAGGAUGUUAUCCUUUCCCUUCAUACACCAACAUUGAUCUUUUAUUUGCCCUCAUUAAAAACAAUAUGCGGUCAUAGUACCCAUAUUGUUUUGAGCAUUAAUGAGAUUGAGAGGUCAUGAGUUUAAGUGAUCACAGCACCAGCUACUUACCUAGUUAGGUAUGCUAAAUGCAAUUAUCUUCCAGUUGAUGUGUAAUUACCACACCCCUUUAUAGACACAUUUUUGAUUAUAAGUUUUUCAUUUGGAGGAAUAUGAGAUGGCAUAUACUCUAUGUGUUCAAUAAAACCUUGGGGAAUGAUAAAA